GCACCGGGUAAUUCGGCUCUGAAGGUCAUGUUCGGUUUGGGAUCUGCCCCUCCUAAACAUGAUCCACCAGCCUCAAUGGAACCGUACGAUCUCGGAAGAGAUGGGGAUCUUGGUGCUCUCAGUAAUGCUCAACAAGGGGCGACAAAUAAACUCAAGACUCAAACACGGUUAAGUAAUGAACAGUAUUUCCGGCAACAUCCGGAAGUGAAGUAUAUGGUGACAGCAUUUUUGAGGGAUAUAUUAACUAAACAGCCUGAAAAUGCCGGGGAACACUUCGCUGCCCAGAUCUUUUAAAAAACAUCAAGACAGUCGAAAAGGAGUAUGCGGAGAUGUAUCACGAUGAUGGCGUCAUACGUUCUCUUGCUAAAGAAGAUCUUGAUUCGGAGGUUUAAUCUGUAGUUUUUAAAAAACAAGAGAAUUUCAUAUAACUGGAAUCUAGGAGUUCUGUAAAUACAAUUGUAAUUAUAAUCUGUGUUAAUCUCAAAUAUACACUGGAGGAUGGUUAGGUGUAUUUAGUUACACCUUUCCCCACGACACUAUAUUGUCGUCAAACUGCAAAGUAGUGGUCAAGAAUUCCAAGUGUAAUUAAUGUUACAAAGAAUAAUUUGGACAAUAUUUCACUAAUAUGUUGGACAAAGUGUUGAGAUAUAAUAUUUCAUGAAAAUAAAAUUGAUUCAGUCCCAA